AUGUCUAAUGAACGGCACCGCGUGUGCCUAACGUCGUCGGUGGCUCGCUGCGGGGAUUCAUGGCCGCCAUUGGCACGUCGUAACCCGCUCGGCUGGCGGCGUCGCAGCUGCCGGAACCAGGCUCGCCAACUUGGCGGGGCGAAACCGCGCCGGCUGGACCUGAGCACGUGGCUCGACGCUCCUGCGCGGGAGCAAUCAGAACAACUGCUUCUUUGCGAGCAGAUGUCAGAUUUCGUAACGGUGGACAUCACUCAAGGCAGACUGCGAGGAAGGAAAGUGAUUUCCAGCAGCAAUGGGAUCACAUACUACAGUUUCCAGAGCAUUCCUUACGCCAAGCAACCCAUUGGACCUCUCCGUUUCAAGCCUCCCGAAGAGCCGGAGCGCUGGGCCGCGACCAGGGACGCCACGGCGGAAGGGGCGGUCGCCCCGCAGGUCGACAUGUUCUCCAGGCAGCUGGCGGGCGACGAGGACUGCCUGUUCCUGAACGUGUACACCGCUCGGCGGCCGGCGACGACGGCGCCCCUGGCGGUGAUGGUGUGGAUCCACGGCGGCAGCUUCCUCACGGGCUCGGGCAACACCGGCGCGUACGCGCCCGACCACCUGGUGGCCGAGGACGUGGUGCUCGUCACGCUCAACUGCCGCCUCGGCGCUCUCGGCUUCCUGUACUUAGAUGGCGCUGACGUCACCGGAAACAAUGGACUGCGGGACCAAGUGAUGGCUCUCAAGUGGGUGCGGCACAACAUCGCGCACUUCGGAGGAGACCCGGGGAACGUGACGAUAUUCGGACAGAGCGCGGGCGGGGCGUCUGUGCAGUACUUAGUGCUGUCGCCGUUAGCUGCAGGACUCUUCCAUCGGGCGAUCGCCCAGAGCGGCACGGCGCUUAUCGACGCCUGCAACACGCCUCACGACGUCGCCACUCGGAGGGCCUUGCGUCUCGCCGGCGUGCUGGGGUGCGCCUCCGAGGACCAUGCAGGAAGUGGCCGACUUCCUCAGGGGAGUCCCAGCUGA